AUGCUGGAACCAACCCGUAUUCUUGUCUUAGGUGCUACAGGAUACAUUGGCGGAUCCAUUCUCACAGAGCUGAUAGACAAGAAUGCGGAGGAUCGAUAUGUGCUCUCAGCACUUGUCCGCAAGCCAUAUCAAGCAUCCAUACUUGCGGACGCUGGUGUCAACCCACUGAUCUUCAAGGACUUGGAUGAUUUCGACGUGAUUCGUGAAGCUGCCAAGGAUCAUGACAUUGUCAUCGCUGCCGCUUCAGCUCGACAUCUUGACUGUGCGAAAGCUUGUAUUACAGGCCUUGGAGAUCAGGCAAGGUCGAACUCAGGAAAAGAAACACAUUAUAUACAUAUCUCUGGUACUAGUAAUCUCGGGGAUUGGCCGGUAACUGGAGACCGCAUCGAUACGAAAGUCUACUCUGAUGUCGACGACGAUAUAUUCGAGAUCGAGAAGAACUUCCCAGAUUCCCACAGUCCGGUGAGAGAUGUAGAUCUAGCCGUGGUAGACUUGGGCGAAAAGGAGGGCGUAAAGACUUAUGUUGUUGCUGCGCCUCUCAUCUUCGGCCGCGGAACAGGUUCAUUCACUCUUGGAGUUGGUCAAGUUCACCAGAUGACCCAGUUGUCGUUAAACAAGAAACAAUCUGUGAUGCUUGGAGAUGGCUCGGGGAUCUGGAGCCGAGUUCACAUCCUCGACCUCACAGACUUGUUCACGCUUCUGAUCAGAGCAAUUCUCGAUGGCAAAGCUUUACCUACUGGAAAGACAGGUUAUUACUUUGUUGAGAACGGAUUUCAGACUUGUACGUUGUUGGACAAGUGUUACCUUUCCAAUCGACUGCUUCGGUAG